CGGCUGCGCGCCUUCCUCCCCCCGGUCCCGCUGCUCCCGUGGCCGGCGCGCGGGCAGGGAGGCCAGGAUGGCAGAUGAGAUCGCCAAGGCUCAGGUCGCCCGGCCUGGCGGCGACACCAUCUUCGGGAAGAUCAUCCGCAAGGAAAUUCCAGCCAAAAUCAUUUUUGAAGAUGACCGGUGUCUAGCUUUCCAUGAUAUUUCCCCUCAAGCACCAACCCACUUCCUGGUGAUCCCCAAGAAACACAUCUCCCAGAUUUCUGCAGCCGAGGACGACGAUGAGAGCCUUCUUGGACAUUUAAUGAUUGUUGGCAAGAAAUGUGCCGCUGACCUGGGCCUGAAGAAGGGUUACCGCAUGGUGGUGAACGAGGGAGCGGACGGUGGACAGUCUGUCUAUCAUGUCCACCUGCACGUCCUUGGGGGGCGACAGAUGAACUGGCCUCCUGGCUAAGCCACGUUAGGGGUAACUGUCCCUUCGCCUAGGCAGGGAUCAAGUUUGCAGUUCCAAUAUGUUGAACAGCAGACUGUUGCCUAUGUAUAGAAAUUGAAAAUAUACUUUGAAAAAAUACAUAAUAAAAGACAUUGUUGCAUGGG